AUGUUGGCAUAUGAUGCAGAUUUAGAACUUUUUCGUGAUAACUUUAAACGUUUUAUGAGUGAACACGUUGCUCCAUUUUAUGAGCAAUGGGAAAAAGAAGUAUGGUCAUUAUUGGGUGAAAAUGGCUAUCUUUGUGUUGAUGUACCUGAAGUGUAUGGUGGUUACGGCGUUCCAACUGAAUAUUCAUUGAUGUUGGUUGAAGAGUCUGCACGUGCAGGCUAUGGUGCAUUGUCUACCGCGAUUUCAUGCCAUUCAGAAAUUGCAGCGCCUUAUAUUUUGCAUAUUGCCAACGAAGAACAAAAACAAUACUGGUUACCUAAAAUGGUGUCAGGUGAAGUGGUGGGCGCAAUUGGGAUGACGGAACCGGGUGCAGGUUCAGACCUACAGGGCAUGCGUAGUAGUGCGAUUUUAAAUGGUGAUCAUUAUGUUUUGAAUGGUUCUAAAACAUUUAUUUCAAAUGGUCAACAUGCAGAUUUAGUGGUAUUGGCAGCAAAAACUGACCCACAAGCGCGUGCAAAAGGUGUGUCACUUUUAUUGGUUGAUACACAUCUAGAUGGAUUUAAAAAGGGCACCAACCUCGAUAAAAUUGGUUUGCAUUCUCAAGAUACCUCAGAACUGUUCUUUGAUAAUGUUAAAGUUCCAGCAAAUCAAUUGUUAGGUAGUGCAGGGCAAGGUUUUGCCUAUUUGAUGCAAGAGUUACCUCGUGAACGUACUGCAAUUGCAGCAACGGCACUUGGUGCAAUUCGUGGUGCAAUCGAUAUCACUACUCAGUAUGUACAGGAACGUCAAGCGUUUGGUCAGAAAAUUGGCAGCUUCCAAAAUACUCGUUUUGUUUUGGCUCAAGCAAAAAUUGAUGAGUUGGCAACAGCAGCAUUCUAUAACCAAAAUCUAGCUUUGUAUAAACAAAGUAAAUUGGAUGUUGAAACAGCAGCAGCUUUAAAAAGUUUUAGUACGGAUAUGCAGAUGAAAAUCAUCGACAGCUUGCUACAACUGUUUGGUGGUUAUGGCUAUAUGACGGAAUAUCCAAUUUCUCGUUUCUUUGUAGAUGCACGUAUUCAACGUAUUUAUGGUGGAACAAAUGAAAUCAUGAAAGAGAUCGUGGCACGUGGCAUCAUUGGUCGAUAA